CACCGGUGGCCCCACCUCUCCCCACAUCUUCUUGUUCAAUUCAUCAUCUCCUUCUGUUUCCUUCUUUUUUUUUUUUAAUAAAAUUAUCUUCCUUUUCUCAUGCUAAAUUAACAAUUAUAAUCAGAACAGCAAUUACUACCAACCAUCAAUCAAUCAAUCUUCCCCAUUUCCCCCACUUUCUCAUCAGUACUACUAUUAAUCCAAGUUGCUCUGCUAUGGUAUUUCUCUGAGAGCUUCACUCGCUCUAGGUUUCCCUUAUCAUCUCAAUCUGCAGGUUUUACUCUCCUCUUCCUGAAACUACUUUCUUCCCAAUUAUUACUAUUAUUAAUUUCAGUUUUGUAUUGAAUUAACGAGCGGAAUAUUUUCUUUUGAUGCCUUCAUUUGAAUUGAAUUUGUGUUGUUCUUGGGUUUUUAUGCAUCAAUCAUUAUCUGAACUGGGUUUUUUUUUUUUUUUUCCUAAUGUGUUGGGGGUUGGGUUUUGUUGCUCUUUCUUCUUCUUAUAUUCCUUCUAUUUCCCCUCAAAAUAAAAAAGACGAAAUCUUGAGACGCGGUUUGUGUAACUGCGACGAGGCAGUUUAAUGUUGAUGAGUUAAUUCCUUUCCAUUAUAUCACUUUGACAGAUGUUCUCUUCACAUAUGUUUCACAUGUAUUUGUUCUUUAAGCUUUCCCCGGGUUAGCGUAUUUAUCCCUCAGAUCUAAUUUUAAUUCUUUUUUUUGACCGAGUCUAUUGAUUACUGGAUCUUCGAGUGGGGCAAACAUUAUUGGAGAUGUUUAUCUGGGCUGUACCCUUAAAAAAUGGAUCUUUAGUGACUGUUUUCUUAUAGGUUUAGUUAAUUCCUAAUAAUGAGCUCUUUCAUUCUGUUGGUUUCCCUGAAAUACAGUCACGAUUUGCUUCCAAAGUGACCUCUGUUAUAUGACGGAAUACCUUAUUCUGUCGGGGAAUGAUUAUGUUUAAAGUUAUUUUGCUUCGUAACCUGUGUUCCUAAUCCUUACUGUAAGGUAAUCUGUGUUUCUAAUCCUCACUGUAGAAAGCAAGCAUGCUAGUUUAUAAGAUGUUUUGAUGGUUGGUAAAAUUUUCUGGAAUGUCUCCUCAAUAAGAAGGAACCAAAGUUGGUAGGCGUUGGAGGGUGAUGCCAUAUUUGUAGGAGUGCAGUCUAUGCACAAAUAUGGAUGAAGAUAACCGCUUAGAGCUGAGUUUGGCCCCACCAACAGCUGGUGGUGAUAAAACAACAAAGAAUAAAGUUGGAAGCUCAUCAGAUUCUAAGUCAGAUAUUAGUGACCGAGAUACCAAAUUGAUCAAUGAAUUUAAACAGUUUCUUGAUGGUGGCAACAUCCAAAUUCAUUCUGGGCCAGUGUCUCAGAGGGUUGAUUCUUUGAAGCCUGAGAAUUUCUUUACCAACCUGCCCAAAAAUCCUGAUGCUGAUACUUCUAAGAGCAUCAACACCGGAGCUUUCUGGGCUGUAAACGAUAGACCUACUGAUGGAGAGGAAAAUAGAACAGAUACCCGUGAGAAACGCAAAAAUGUAUUUGGCGAGACAAGUCAACCGAAAAAGCAGGAGAAAGAGAGCGAACAUAGUGAUUUGCAGGAUAAGCCAAGGGUAUCUUACAUUAGUAUUAGUACUGACGCCGGAUCAACCGCUGAUAAUGAAGAUGUUGCUGACUCAGAGGCUGAGGCUUCAACUUCUAAGCGGCAGCCCACACAGCAAGAUGAUGUGACCGAGCGUUAUGCUGGAGGGAUUCAAUCUGAUGUUCGUAAAGACUUUCAUGGGAAUUCUGAGUCAAAUGGUGGAGAAGCAGGACAUAAGAGGUUUAGCAUUUCAUCAGAAAAGGAUUUGAAGAUUGGUGGCAUUUCUCAUAGUAUCCAGUUUCCUACUCAACCUGUGAAUAUAAUGAACAUAUCUCAGCCACUACCGGGUAAGGAUUCUAACUCGAGUAGUGCAUCCAUCAGAACGAGCUAUUCGUUCCCCAAUAUAAUGCAAGCCGUGACUUCUACAAGUGGUGAGAGAAUGGGAAGCCAACCUGUUCUUCCUGCAAACGUGCCAUUAAUGGUUAGCUACUCUUCCGGCCAACUCCCUGCAGUGGAUAAAGACAAUUCUCGGGUGAUGAUCUCUCAUCAGCAGAUUCACCCAUCCUUUAUCAGUAGCCUUCCAAUAAAUUCAGUUAUUCCCCAAAAGUCGUCCGACUCCAAGCAACAUGAGGGCAAGGCACUAGAUCAUCAUUUAGCAAAUGGGCAACUGCUUUCAGCAGGAACCUCUUCUCUCAGAGAAGAUAAUGGAAAGUUAACGAAUUCGUCAUCAUUCAGGUCCAGAGAUGUAUCUGAUCUGCCCAGAACGGAAGGUAUUCCUUCUGAAUAUUCCACUAUAAAGCCAGGUAUUGCCGCCGACUUGAAGUUCGGUGGUUCUGGUUCCUACCCGAAUCUACCAUGGGUGUCAACAACUUCUCCUGGGCCAAAUGGCCGAACCAUAUCAGGGGUGACAUACAGGUUCAGUCCAACGCAGAUAAAGAUCGUCUGUGCUUGCCACGGUGUGCACAUGUCGCCUGAGGAGUUUGUUCGCCAUGCAAGUGAAGAACCAUCUAAUAUGGAUCCCGGGACAGGAGUAUUAUCGACAAGUAACCCUGCAACCUCGGCUCAAAGCUGAUUUUGAACAGGUUAUUGUCCGUGUUAGUUAACUUUCUGCUUUUAAGAUAUAGUUGAGCUAUGAUUCUAUUUUGAUUAGAUGCAAGAAGGAAAAUAAAGUUUCCAGAAAUCCUAUGGUUUCCACGCUCAUAUGAUCCUAGCAUUUUUAGAUAUUUUGAUUGUCAGUGUCCCUUUUAUAGCUGCAGCAAAUGAUAUGUAAUUGGUGAUCUUGGUAAAGUGCAUCACUUAGAAUGUAAGAAGCGCCGAUUGUAUGUAUUAUAAAGAAAUCCCUAAACAUAAAGGGGUUCUUUAUAUUAGUCAGAAUAGUUGAUUACGUUUUGUUGCUAUAAAAACAAAGAUGUAAAGUGCAGUUGCGAAAGGAUGAUGUUCCUCUCCUUAAACCAUCAUAUCAUUCUUCGAAAUCCCUGUCUUAAACAUGGGAAAAGUUUAUGUUCCUCGACUAGUUACCGCUCUUGGGGGUGCUCCUGAAGAUACACAACAAACUGGACAUUAUAACAUUUACCAAAGCCUGAAGGAGUCCAUGUGGAAUUGUCACAUUUAAUUGAUGUUUCUUUUUAUACCCUACACCAUGAAAAACAGUUCAUCUAGAUCUAAGCUACAAGAAUGAAGAAACAACAAUUAAUGCAAAAUAUUGCUUACUGCCUUAUUUGUGUUUUCAUGAAACUAUAUAGUCAUAUCGUGGUAGGAUCAUACCAAAAAAAAAAAGAAAAAGAAAGAUAAUUGAGAUCCUGGGAACACUGGCAAAUUGGGUUUAUUUUCAAGAAUUUGUCUUUUGCAUCAUUUUUCUUAAAUGAAAUUGUAUUAUGUUUUCCGUUCUAAAUACCAGAUUAUGCUAACAGAAUUCAUUAUUGGGCGCAACAAUAUAAUAAUUUAUCAAUUAGUGGUUGGUUUCCCCC